UCUCGGUAUAAGCCGCUGCAUGUGUUUUUGCUACUGAAAAGUCGUGUGUUGCCUACAGAGCCACCAAUAGUGUCUGCUACCCGCAUUAUUUACUUGCUGCAAAUGCCCUAAUACAAUCGUUAGAGUCCCAAAAAGAUUAAUCAAGGGAGGCAACAUCCGUGAGCAACGACAUCACAAUGCGCAUGUUGCUGCCACUGAGAUUGGUUUUCGUCGCAGCAAGCUUGCUGCUGGCAACUACCAAAGCAAACAUUCACAUGCAUUUGUAUUCUGACACUACCAAACACUUUUCCAUCGGAGAACAGGAACAUGCAAUCGCUGGAAUAGAGGCUAGCCUACUUUCGCUUCUUGGUUUUGCAAAAAGGCCAAAACCACAAGCUUCAGCUUAUGUUCCAGAGUCUUUAAAGAAACUUUUUGUUAAACAAAAUACCAUUGGUAUGGCUGAUAUUGCUAGACCUGGAAUUCAUACCAGGUCUGCUAACACAGUUAGAUCUUUUUCUCAUGUUGAGAGUGACCUAGACCAGAAAUUUCAGUCUCCCAAUCGUUUUCGUCUUUCUUUUGACUUAAGCAGUAUACCUUCAGGAGAGAAAUUACAAGCUGCAGAAUUAAGUGUUUCUCGUGUAUCUAUAUUAAGUGAAAAAGACUCCACACAGAAGCUGGGAAGAAUUCUUGUAUAUGAUAUUUUGCGUCCUGGUACAAAGGGACAUAGUGCUCCACAGUUACGUUUAAUUGAUAGCAAACCAGUUAAUACUAGGAAGAAUGGCACAAUUAGUGUAGAUGUUCAUCCUGCUGUCGAGAGGUGGAUGCAGGAUCCUAAGAAUAAUCAUGGACUCUUAGUACAUAUGCGUGGAACUAAACAGGAGCAUGUACGUUUAAAAAGGAGUAUAAAUGAGAGAAAUGACACAUGGGUCAUUAGUCGGCCAAUGCUAUUUACGUACACAGAUGAUGGCAGGUACAAAAUGUCUUCUGCAAACCAAAUAAUGGAUCGUCGUGCAAGAAGGGCUGCACUUCGAAAAAAUCGACGAAAAGAUGGUCGUGAAAACUGCAGACGACACCCACUUUACGUUGACUUUGCAGACGUUGGUUGGAAUGAUUGGAUCGUUGCUCCUCCUGGUUACGAUGCUUUUUACUGUCACGGUGACUGUCCCUUCCCUCUAGCAGAUCAUUUAAAUUCUACAAAUCAUGCGAUUGUUCAAAAUUUGGUUUAUUCAACAAAACCAAGCUUGGUGCCAAAAGCUUGCUGCGUACCAACUGCACUUAGUUCAAUAUCUAUGCUUUAUCUUGACGAGGAGAAUAAAGUAGUUCUGAAAAAUUAUCAAGACAUGGCUGUUCUUGGCUGUGGAUGCCGUUGACCAUUUAGUGACUGGUUUAGUUAAAUAUUUUCAUAAUGAAGUAUUUAUGUGCAGCGAAAAUGAGAAUGGUUUAAAAGGCAUUAGUAAAAUGUUACGACAGAGCAUUAAGGUACAUAUUGCUAAAUUG